UAUAACUGCUCUUAUGUCUUCAUUAUUGUUAAAUAGGCUCAGCUUUUAUGUUACUCAGGAAGAGGCUAAAGAUAAAAUUGUGAAUCUGAGCAAGGAGUUUGCUACUAUGGCUUUUAACGUGUUUGACUUGUGUUACAAUGACUCUCCUUCCAAAGCAUAUAAUAAUCUUGAUACAAGAAGUCAUGAAUGGUCCGGGCUUUCAAUCAUUGAUGUAGCAUCUCAAGCUAAAAAUUUUGAUUUUGUCUCACAUCCAUGCUGUCAGAAGUGGUUGACCAACAAAUUUAUGGGAAAUAUCAAGCUGCGUGAAAUUAACUGGGGAUUUGUGACUUUUCCUUCAUAUUUCAAGGUUCUUUUUUGUGCUUUCUUCAUCUUUCCAAUGUUCUGGUGGGUGAGAUUCAAAGAAAAAAGUGAUGAUACUGAUAGAGAUGACUACAACGUUGAUGAGACAUAUCAUUCACCAGAAGAGCAACAACUCAUUACAGUUUCUUCUAAUGAGGAAACGACUACAUCACCCAUAGCUAAAUAUCGUUAUCCACCGAUACGGCUGAUGAUCUACUGGAUGUGGAGUGCACCUAUAACAAGAUUUUACGUUUCAAAUAUGUUUUAUUUUUUGUUCCUGAUGGCUUUUAGUGCUGCAGUGAUGUGGCCUUCUUGUGGAAAUUUAUAUUUAGAUAUUACCAUCUGUGCAUGGACACUUUUAAUUGCUGUUGAUACAAGCUACAGAAUCUAUGCUUCACAUAAGGCACUUCAUAAUAUUUCCUUGUUUCGACCAUGCCUUGAAAUAGUUUACAUGAUUUCUUUUGCAUUGUUUUAUUUCUUAUUCCGUGUUUCAAAUCUUAAUAUAUUUCAAGACCCCUAUGCUGGAAAAGUUAUUUCUUGUUUAGGACUUUUAUAUUUUUAUUAUCGAACUACUGUCAUGUUUGUUCCUGUUUCAUCUACUCUUGGACCCUUACUUUAUCGAGUGAAAAGAAUGAUGUCUGUUGACUUCAUAAACUUCAUGAAGUUAGCUCUCAUUAUCAUACUUGGCAAUGGGCUUGCAAUGCAGGCUGUUUUAUAUCCAGAUUACCCUUUAACUCUUGAGAUGGUACGAAAACUUUUUCACAAAGCAUUUAUUGCACUUUUCAUGACUCCUACAGACGAAUUAACAAAGGACCCUAGUAAAUGUAUAGCUUUUGAAGAAAAACCAACUGACCGGACUAUAUGUCGAAUAAAUGAUUAUGUUGAUGGUACUUGCUACAGUGGGAAGAACUUUUGGUCGUAUCUCUUUGUGUUUCAAUAUAUCUUACUCAUGAAACUUGUACUGAUAACUGUGUUGAUGGCUCUAUACACCAACACAAGUGCAAAAAAUAGGACCCCAAAGUGCUUCAAUAUGGAAAUUUCAACCGCUAUGAUUUGGAUUCAUCGGAAGUAA